AUGAGUAUCAAAAUACCAGAAUAUCAAAAAAGUAAAAAAGUUAUUACAGCAUUCGCAUUAACAACCAGUAUCGCAUUAUUUUUAAAUGAGACAAAAAAGGUGUUAAUUAAUGCUGAGGAAAUUGAAAUUAAUCCCCACAAUAAAAGAUAUGACCUAGAAUUAAAACCCCUUCAUCCAGGAGAAAUAUUAAAAACGGAAUUCUUGGAACCUUUGAAGAUGAGCGAAGUAGAAUUAGCCAAAAAUAUUCAAGUAAAAAAAUCAGUGAUUAAGGAUUUAGUGGCUGAAAAAAGGAUAAUGACCGUAGAUUUAGCCUAUCGACUUUAUUUUUACUUUGGAGUUAGUGCGGAAUACUGGUUAAAUUUCCAAAAAAAUUAUGACUUGGCGACUUACCAAGAAUUAGCCGAAAAGCAAAUUAGAAAGCAAAUUCAACCUUAUCCACGGGCAGAAAAUCAUUUAUAA